CAAAGCAUUAAGGAGAAUUUCAAAUCUGUUUGACAUAGAGACAAUAGAGUUUGAAAAGGAAUAAGGAAGGAGUAAAAUUCUGGUGCACGACGGCGGCGCCCCCAACGAAGGUUUCAUUCCUAUUCAAAAGGGGGAGUCAUCGAUAAAGAGUGCUUCCAAAUACCAAAUGGCUUCGAUUCAUGAUUUCAAGUCAUUGAUAUUGCCGACAAUCCGCACUUUCACCCUAUUUUUCUUCGUAUUUUUGACCGGAACUCUUUCAUCUCCGCAACUUCAAUGGAACAAGGUAAGCCACUCGGCGUCUCCGUCGAUUUACGAUCUCCUUCAGACUCACGGUCUUCCUAUGGGCAUAUUCCCGAAGGGAAUCUCCGAUUAUUCCCUUGAUCCAAGUUCCGGAAGGUUCGAGCUUCGGCGCGCUCGGUCCUGCGCCGCUCAGUUCGAGACGGAUGUCUGGUAUGACGUCUCCGUCACCGGAACCCUUAGCUACGGCCAGAUUUCGAACCUUUCCGGUAUCGCGGCCCAGGAGCUAUUCCUCUGGUUUCCUGUGAAUGAAAUUCGGGUCGAUAUCCCCAGCUCUGGAUUGAUUUACUUUGAUGUCGGCGUCGUUUCAAAGCAAUUCUCCUUGUCUCUUUUCGAAAUUCCCCAGGACUGUACGGCCAUUGAUACUGAGUACCUCUCUUCUUCGUCUUCACUUUCGUCCUUGCCAUUGCCGUCGCAGGGAAACCUCAUGUCGUUCAACGAUCGUGGCCAGAUAAUUGAGAAUAAAUCAAGAAAACUAGUGAAACAAAGUUUUCAAUGGCAUACUGGGCGAGCUGUAUCCUAACUUAGAGGAGGGGCGAAGGAAGUAUGGCCAAACUGAAAUGGAGGGAGGAUACAACACACUUCUAUUCUUUUAGGUAAAAAACAUAAAUGGUGAGAUAACUAGUGGUAUUGAUUCAUGUUAGUAUAGUAACUAUUGAAUGAAUGAAUUUGGCAUCCAAGUAUAUUUAUUUCUCUCAUUCAUUGGUACCAUUUGAAAAUCUGGCCGAAAUCAUAUGACUUAUCAUCCUUAAAUAGAUGUACAUUUCCUAAAAAUUAAUGUGUAAAUAGUUAAUUCAUUCCUAUAAUCGGUGUAACCCAGACAGGAUCUAUUGGUCCAACUCACAAGACGACUUGACACAUAACUAAUAUAGUCAUUGGACAUAUUAGAGUUGUGCUCAACUUGUGAUCAUUAACUAGGUGGAUUAAUUAAGUACGCAUAUGUUUGGUGAAAACACGUGAUAUUAAGGUUACUAGGUUAGAUUACAUUGGUUGGAAUUUGAAGUGGUACCCAUUGAAUUUGACAAUUAAAUGUAUUUAAGAUGUUGAUUUUCUUGAUUGUGUAGUCACGUUACAAAAUGAAUCAAUAUCAUUAGUUAAAGUAUCAUUUAUGCAUUUUAUCCGAUUUCUCCCUUUUAAUCCAAAGAGGCAGCUGAUAUGUUUGACGGGGUGGCAUUGCAUCAUGUUUGGCCAGUAUCUUUUUUUUAUAUAAUUGGAAUGAGAACAGAAAAGUAGAACCUGAGGUUUGAAGUUACUACAAGCCGAUCUCACAACUCAUAACUAUUAUGUAUGUAACUCUGUGUAUGUAUGGAUUUCUGCGCAUAUCAGAUUGGCUUGGUAUUUCCAUUUCAGAGUUUUUGGAAUUCCAUGAAAUAUAGUGUCAUCGGUUAAGAAUGUUGUGUGUUCCUUAAAAUUCUUAGUAUCUCAACUUUCAGCAGCUUAUGAAUUACUCCGUAUGAUUUAUUAUCUUGAAUGGUGG